AUGGAGAGCUGCAUCUUGAACCACUACGAGCAUGAAUUUUUCACUAUAAAACGUAUAUCUCAGAAUUUCGCCUCAUUUUACGAAUAUUCAGAUGCACUGCCAAAGUACAGCAACGAACAAAUUGGAAAACUAAGUGAAGGAGUUAGCUUCACCAUUACUGGCAAAAUAGCAAUUAACUGUGAGAGAUUCUCCAUAAACUUGGAAUUUAAAUACAAAGUAAGCCCUGAGAUUGUUGACACAGUGUACAUACAAGGAGAUCUGAAGUUAUGGAACGUCACUCUGGAGCACAAUCCGAUGGUUAAAGGGAAGAAUGUGCGUAUCUAUCACAAUCCCAUGUACUAUGACGAAUACUAGCUAUGGAGAGCUGCAUCUUGAACCACUACGAGCAUGAAUUUUGUUUAUUCAUUUCUUUUGUCCAAGUUUUUGAGCGACAAUAAUAAAUUGCUAAGCUUGUUUUCUAUGAGUAAAAAAAUUGUGUAAUUAAAUAAAUAUUAUAAAAAAGAAA